UUUAUAAUAAUAUAGCAAAUAUCAGAUAUUCCUAAAGAAAAAAAAAAAUUUGUUAGUUAACUCUUUUUUUUAUUUGAUUUAAAGAAAAUUUAAAAUUUCUUUCAUUUAUUUAAAUCAUAAACACAUGGUGAUUAGUUGUGAAACCGUUGUUUAAGUAUGGGUCGACUUAUUUCAAAUCGUAGAUCAGAUUCAAGUGUUAAAGGGAAAAUAUAUGAUUCAUCUUGCUGUGACAAGAAAAAAAACAAAAAAAGGUUUUAUAAAAGUGAAUUUCAAAAACAAAUUGGCAAUUCCAAGACAGGUCAAGGAUUUGCUGCUCUUCAAAAAAAAAAAAUAUUAAAGAAAUUUAAUAGGACAUUUAAAAAAAAAAAAGCUAAUCAGUUAACUUCUCCUGUUGCAAUCAAACCUUUAUCAAAUAUAGAAGACUCUUAUUUGCAACCUUUAUCGAACAUAGAAGACUCUCUUCUUCAGGAUACAUUAACUAAUUCUAGUGCAAAUGAAACUAUUAAAACAGAAAUCUUCUCUUCAGAUAGUUUAAGCUCUGUUGAUGCACCAAAGAUUUUGUCGAAAAAAAAGAAAACAGAACAAACCACUCAUAAAAUAAAAAAUAGUUCUCAAAGAAUCGAAAUCGACUAUGAGAAAAUUCAUGAAGAAAGACGCAAAAAAUCAGAAGAAAUACGUGCAAAUAUCAAAAAACACGAACAGGCAGUAGCAAAAAGUCUUGAAAAGCGGAAAAAACUUGCAAAACGAUUAAAUAAAAAAACUUCACGAGGACAGCCUGUUAUGGCCACACGGAUGGAACUACUAUACGAAAAGAUUUCCAAACGCUAAAGUUUUUUGUAGUUUCUUAAUAAGAUUAUUUAAGAAAAUAAAACCGUUAAAUAA